AUGGCUUUUUCCGAUAGCGAUGGUGACAUAGAAACGGACUUUCUUCAUGAUCUUUACCAGGACAGAAAUUUUGAAGUGUUUUUGAGUUUCAGAGGAGAAGAUACGCGUGCUUCUUUCACUUCCCAUCUCUACACUGCUCUUCAGAAUGCUGGAAUUGUUGUUUUCAAGGAUGAUGAGUCACUUCCAAGGGGAAAGCAAAUUUCCCCUUCUCUACGGCUAACAAUUGAACAGUCUCGAAUUUCUGUUGUUGUUUUCUCGAAAAAUUAUGGAGAGUCGAGAUGGUGUAUAAAGGAGUUGAUCAAAAUAAUGGAGUGUCACCGAACCAUAGGGCAUGUGGUACUACCAGUGUUCUAUGAUGUUGAUCCCUCUGAAGUGCGCCAUCAAAGAGGUCAAUUUGGAAAAGCAUUUCAACAUCUCUUGAACAAGAUUUCGAAACAGAAAGAGGAAAAGUUGGUGGAUCGGAUGCAGCGUUGGAGGAAGACACUUGGUGGGGCUGGUGGCAUCUCAGGGUUUGAAGAUCUAUCUUCCAGGUUUAAUGAGACACUUUCUGUUUCCUCAGAUUUUACUGAAUAUUGUCUCUAA